UUUUCUAAUUUUACAUCGCCAGCACACGUUAGAUCGCCUCUGACUUUUGUAACUACGAAGCUCAAAAUCUUAAGAGUCACCAGAGGCAUCGGAAAUGUCAUCGUUAUCUCACUUCUAUCUACCGUUGCUGAUACCAUAGUUGCAAAUCAGGAUUUUCAACUGAGACUAGCUUCCACUCUCAUCUUAUACGAUCACACAAAAUCUACGUCAGCAGAUUGGAAGACAAAAGUAUAACCUGUGUGUCCAACAAUGAAGCAAGAUUUGUGUGCACUGUAGGAAUAUGCAGGAAACAAGUUGACAGUUACAAAGUUUUAGUUAAUCAUCUUAAAAAGCAUAUGAUUAAUGGAUUAGAAGUAACUUGCUCUUAUAAUACUUGCAACAAGAAGUAUGAUAGAGUAAAUUUAUUUUCAGGACAUUUGACGAAAUAUCAUAAAUGUCAGAUUUUAGUUCCAACUACAGUUGACAUGAACAUUAACGAUGGAAGUAAAUUCUGAAAACACAGAUCAUAGAGAGGAAGAUGAAGAUUUCACAAGACCCAAAAAUACUAGCGAUGAAAAUGAUAAUGAUGAAGAUUAUAAUAAGCGCGAUUCAUUCAUUAACGCUUUGGCUACCUUCUAUCUCAAACUUGAAUGUGAAUACUUUAUUCCGGAAACUACUAUUCAAUGUAUUGUUGAGGAGCUGAAGACUCUAACUGUACAUGAGCAGGAAAAAGUUAAGAGGAGAUUAAAAAGGCAUUUGCAAGAAGAAGGCAUAUCUUUCUCACAGGGUGUAAGGCGUUCUCUAGCUAUCAGUUCCCUUACGGAAAAUAAGUAUUGAGUUCUCAAUACUUAGUAUUGGUCA